GUCCACUCAUCUAAAGUUCGAUAUCGCGUUUUUGACAGCUAUAGAACACCGAUAGAAAUCACGCUCGAUAGCCAAACAGUGGACGAUGGCAAUUGGCACCAAGUCGCGCUUGAACUGAGUGAAGAUAGAAAAACGAUCACUUUCAAAGUCGAUGGUAUUGGCAAAGAAGCUAUAUCACGAAUGAUUCUGCCAAGCAUCAUUUCUGCUGACUUAAAACGUAUUCAACUAGGUAUAAAUGGAUUGCGAGGGCAAUUUGCUGGGUGCUUACGUCAGUUCGUAGUUAACGGAUAUUUACAGACAUUGAGCAUGGAGGAGUCUGCACCAAAUGAAGUAGCACUUGCAAUUCAGAAUAUCAUGAAAAGUCGUCCAAAUCUCUCCUUACAGUACUUCACUCGAACUGUAACUGGCGAUGUCAGCUCACAGUGUGACAUAGGCCCCGCCCACUUGGCUGUUUUCCAAACUCCCGGAGUACUGGCAUCCAUUAUCUGCGUAGGCAUUCUUGCCAUCGCAGUUCUUGCUGUCUUUGCUUUGGCGAAAUUUGUAAGAAGACGCCAGGACACGAAAGAAAGCAGUUGGCAAAGGGCACAGGAGAUCGAUGCCUAUGCAAUGCGUAAACCGCGAACGAUAUCAACAGAGAAUGGGCAUGUAAAUCAUGGUAUGAAUUCCUCUGUCGACUCGAUUUACGCCACUGCUGACGGAUAUGAAACGCCCAUUGGUCAU